GAUGAGAGAAAGGGAUUGGUCCCCAUUCCCCGAUUCUUCUCCCUCUCCCUUGUCGCCGCCGCCGCCACCGGCGACCUCCCUGCAGCCGCCGCCAUCAGCCAUGCCCUCCCCAACGGCUGACUCUCCCACCCUUUUUCUCCUCACCAUCAACGACCUCUCCUCCCCCUCGCACCAGAUCGAGCAACAUGUCGGGCAGGGCAGAGCAGAGCGGGGAUGGGAGGAGACGGGCAGACGGCGGCAGCGGCGUCCUCCUCGCCCAUCGGCGCGCAACACCUGUCAGAGCCCCGUCGGCUCCGUCGAUCUGCCAGACCUAGGUCGCCGGUGUGGCUGCUGUCUCAAGCGAGAAGAGGAGUGGUCGCGUUAAGACACGGGGAGGGGGAGCAGCCAACCGUGCUCAAGGCCGUCCGUGGCGGCUGCAAAUCGAGGCGGCGGCUACAAAUUGAAGGUCAGUGCGCGGCGGCCCUCUCUCCUUCUCAUCCCCUCUCGCUCGAGAGAAAGUUGCGGACAUAUUGGCGGUGUCCUGUCCGCGGGGUCGUCCUCAGCCAGAGAAGGGGAGAGGAGGGAGAGGGAGAUGGUGAGUCCACGGAGAAGCGCCACCGGGAGCAGAUCCGGCCAUCGGCGGCAAGAAAGGCCACGCCCCCCUCUACCUCCGUACCGUCACCCAGGUUCAGGCAUAGCAUACUGAUGCAAUUGAGGUGCAUCCGCUGGUGCCGAACAAACAACAUAAAAGCCAUCUUCAGCACCAAACCAUCUAUGCAUCGAUUGGUUAAUUAUCAAGUGGUCUUUGUCUAUCAGUUUAUUUGUUGUUAG